AUGCCGUCGUUUACACGCCGCGUCGCCCGCCCAGCCGCCGGACCAAGCACGUCCCAGGGCGGCUCGACCACCUCAACCCCUUCCUCUACACCAUCCUCGCCCUCCGCACCCCUCCCCGGUACCCGACCGUGUCCCUCGGCCCCCACACUCCGCCUCCUUCCAUCAGGCCUUGGAUCGCUCGACGACCUCUUGGGCGGCGGCCUUCCAGUGGGUAACACACUCCUCCUGCUCGCGCCCGACGCACACACAGCCUGGGGCCGGCUCGUCGCUCGUCAUGUCGCGGCGCAAGGUCUGGUGGAUGCGCAGCGAUGUGUAGUCGUCGCCGAGGAUAGCAGCAAGUGGGCGGCUGGGAUGCCAUGGGUGGAUCCCGCUGCGAUCAAGGAUGAGGGAGGGGAGAGCGAUGGAGAAGGUGCUGGAGAUGGCGUGGAGGCCGGCAGGACGAGGAUCGCCUGGCGGUACGACUCGAUGGGCAAGUUCCAGACCACUGUUGGUGCGUCGUCGUCGGUCCUCGCGGCCAACAUCACCCUCCCCUCACCAACGCGGACCCACCUUGAAGCCGAUGGACGGCUAGUCCACCUCGAGCUCGACGACGACGUCUCUACAACCCUCACAGCACUCCAGUCGGCCCUCGACGCUCCCUUCCCCGGCGGCCAGCCUGGCGUCACCCGCGUAGCCGUCGAUUUGGACGGUACGGGCUGGACGACGCAGCAAAUCUCCCGUGCGCUUCUGGGUAUUCGCGCGCUCGUACGCUCCCGUCCAGCCGCAGCGGUCAUCACCCUCCCGCCUCGCCUGAGCACGCCGACGACUGCGGCGUCACUGGGAUGGGCCGCCGACGCGUGUCUCUCGUUUACUGGAUUCGGCGCUACCCCCAACCUUGCAAAGGUGUAUCACCCGGCGCACGGUCUCCUCACCGUCCACUCGUUGCCGACGACACACCACCUCCUCUCCCCUGCUCUGCGGCACUCGACGCUUCUGGGUGUCGGCGACGGUGCGAGCGAGAACAACCUCGGGUUCAGGUUGAAGCGGAAGCGCUUCGUCAUUGAGACGGUCCACCUCGGCAUCGAGGGUGGAGAGGGCGAGAGGAGGACAGAGCCAAAGCAGAGGGCUGUGGUGCCCGUCCCAGUGGUCGCGCCGGGCACGACGGCGACGGAGGCAGCGGAGGGUGUGGACAGGGUCCAAUUGCCGAGCGCUGCGACUGUGGCAGAGGAGGUCAAAGCCAAGCCCAAGAAGCCCCGCGCGCGAGUGAGGUUUGGUGACGACGAGGUGGCCGUGUCGGUCGGUGGCGACCACAAGCAUGACCACAAGCAUGACCACAAGCAUGUUCACAAACAUGACGCGGCACCGCGCGUGGCUAUCCGUCACGACCGGCCAGACCUGUACGAGUUCUAG